AAGCAUUCUGAGCAAGUCAUUGUACCAGACGUUUUUCAAAUGUAAAUCCCAAAGGGUAUAGGUUACUCGCAAAUGGCUUAUUGGGCUGAACGAAACGUGUAUCACACGGGCAUAACUGGACAAUGAUGUACAGUGUAUGUGAAUGUAUGCUGGAUGCACGCAUGACGCUAGCCUUUCGCCAAGGCCAUCGUGGCUUAGAGCGAAACAAUUUAGCUGUAUAGCUAGCCGUGACGUGACUAAUCCCACUACAAGUGCACACUGAUAUCCCAGGACGGUCUCCGAUGUUGAUUCACUUCUCCCUUUGGCGAUAUUGAAACUGGUAUCACGGUCCUCUGCGCUGGCCACAGAACAAAGACAACCAGUCUUGGUUGUACUUUAAUUCAUUGAGAUGGCGUGCUCGUAUUCCUUGAGGCCUUUGCGCUCCAUACCCGAUCUCAUCUCUGCUUGCAUCAAGAUCUUAAAGGAUGAAUGGCCGCAAUGCAAGGCGGAACUUCUACCGAAGCUGGUCAAGCAAGAACUCACCACUGCGCCAUGUUCGUAUGGAUUGGUCGAGCACCCAGACGACGCACGUGAUAAGGCAAGCCUAGUGGGUCAUGUCCGCUUCAUCCCCGUCAUCAACAGGGAGCGGGCGCUGUACGCAGAGAGCUUGUGUGUGGAUAGGGCGCAAAGGGGGCGUGGCCUGGGUGGGAAAGCGAUUGCGUUAAGGGAGGAGUUGCUUGCAGAGAUGGCAUACGCGGAGUUACACUUGUGUACUUCUCUCCAUCGCAAAGAUUACUACCUUAGCCGGUCUUAUAACAUCUGUGAUGAGGCGCCGCACACUUUUGGAGCCAACCUGCUUCACACCUAUCGUGCUUUGGGAACCGUCAGUUGGCAUGGCAACGUCCUGUAUCCAGGGUGGGAGUCAGAGUACGAGGGCGGCGCCAUAGCAACACAGAAAGAAGUAGCAGACGGGGAUACUGGUGUGUGGUUUGUAAAGAAGCUAAGUGGCUAAAAGUCUGCAUUAUAUUAGCUCGACAGGAACUUGGGGUAGGGAACCAGACAUGAAACUGCCUUGGCCUAUGAAGGCCUAUUCGGUGGGUAACUGUCAACUGAUUCCAUAGGAUCAAUUUCUUUUGAUUCCUUUUUGUCGUUUGAAGCAAAACAAUAUUUGCUCAUAAUCUUCAGUAGAAUGCAAAAUAACUAAUCGUUUAAGCUCAACGGAUAGGCCUACUACACAUUUUUUUAGAAAACAAAAUUAUUCUGGUCUUGUAAGUGGAUUUCGUCGCUAUAGCGCUUCUGAACUCUUGCGUACGAACUCUUGUAAAAUCCAUAAAUCAGCACCCAUGACAUGAUUUUUUUUUCCAUUCUGCUGACUGAUUGUUGAACAUGACGUCGAGGUGCCAUACCAGUGGAUAGAUAAUCCUCGCAGUACAUGUACAUGUGGUUAAUUCACGAAAACCGUCAACUUUUAAGAACUGGUGCCCAUAGGUACGCUUGGUAAAAACCAUCUUCAAUUAUCGUUUUCUAAACCUUUCUUUUACCAUUUCAGAGGGUAUAAUUUCACACGGUAUUUAGUACCAGUCCAGUGGCGAAUCGGAGUUGCCCCCCCCCCCCCCCGUUUAGCCGCUGACUAAUGUUUUUUUUUUUUUUUUUUUUUUUUUAACUCUUUUAAUGCUUCACUGUUGUGUGUAAUUUAGUUUUAUUGUGCAUUCCCAUCCUUGUUUUAUGUUAUUUUGUUCCUAUCUUUCAGAAUUAUAUUUACUAGUUUAAACGAUUUAUUGUUGCGUGUAAUUGUUUGAUAA